CGAGCCGCGGACCCGGAGGAGACCCCCGGAGACGGCGGCAAACUUCUCAGGGCCUCCCCGCACACUCCAGCCCUCGGUAGCACGGAGGAGAAGCGGCAGCCCUCUGGGGGGCAGCGUCUGUGCCGGCAGGAUCGCCUUCGGGAGCCGCCUUGGGCGUGCCUCCACUGGCCUGCAGCAUGGCCCGGCUGCUCCUGCCCCUGCUGACAGCCCUGGCCUUGGCCCAGGUCCCUGCAGCCUUAGCUGAUGUUCUGGAAGGGGACAGCUCAGAGGACCGCGCCUUCCGCGUGCGCAUCGCUGGGAACGCGCCGCUGCAGGGCGUGCUGGGCGGUGCCCUCACCAUCCCGUGCCACGUCCACUACCUGAGGCCGCCGUCGAGCCGCCGGGCGGUGCUGGGCUCCCCGCGGGUCAAGUGGACCUUCCUGUCCGGGGGCCGGGAGGCGGAGGUGCUGGUGGCCCGGGGCCUGCGGGUCAAGGUGAACGAGGCUUACCGCUUCCGCGUGGCGCUGCCCGCCUACCCCGCGUCGCUCACCGACGUCUCCCUGGUGCUGAGCGAGCUGCGGCCCAACGACUCCGGCAUCUACCGCUGCGAGGUCCAGCACGGCAUCGACGACAGCAGUGACGCUGUGGAGGUCAAGGUGAAAGGGGUCGUCUUUCUCUACCGGGAGGGCUCUGCCCGAUAUGCUUUCUCCUUCGCGGGGGCCCAGGAGGCCUGUGCCCGCAUCGGAGCCCGCAUCGCCACCCCUGAGCAGCUCUACGCGGCCUACCUGGGGGGCUACGAGCAGUGCGAUGCCGGCUGGCUGUCCGACCAGACCGUCAGGUACCCCAUCCAGACCCCACGAGAGGCUUGUUAUGGAGACAUGGAUGGCUUCCCGGGGGUCCGCAACUACGGAGUGGUGCACCCCGAUGACCUGUAUGAUGUCUACUGCUACGCCGAAGACCUGAAUGGAGAACUGUUCCUAGGUGCUCCUGCAGACAAGCUGACGUUGGAGGAGGCCCGGGCUUACUGCCGGGAGCGUGGUGCGGAGAUCGCCACCACAGGCCAGCUGUAUGCAGCCUGGGACGGCGGCCUGGACCGCUGCAGCCCGGGCUGGCUGGCUGACGGCAGCGUGCGCUACCCCAUCGUCACACCCAGCCAGCGCUGCGGUGGGGGCCUGCCUGGUGUCAAGACUCUCUUCCUCUUCCCCAAUCAGACCGGCUUCCCCAACAAGCACAGCCGCUUCAACGUUUACUGCUUCCGAGACUCUGCCCAGCCCUCUGCCAUGCCUGAGGCCUCCAACUCAGCAUCUGACCCAGCCUCUGAUGCGCUGGAGGCCAUCGUCACAGUGACGGAGACCCUGGAGGAGCUGCAGCUGCCCCAGGAAGCUGUGGAGAGCGAGUCCCGAGGGGCCAUCUACUCCAUUCCCAUCGUGGAGGAUGGAGGCGGUGGAAGCUCCACUCCAGAAGACCCGGCAGAGGCCCCUAGGACCCUCCUAGAAUUUGAAACCCAAUCCGUUGUACCGCCCACGGAGUCCUCAGAAGAAGGCAAGGCUUUGGAGGAAGAAGAGAAAUACAAAGAGGAAGAGGAGGAAGAGGAAGAAGAGGAGGAGGUGGAGGACGAGGCCCUGUGGGCAUGGCCCAGCGAGCUCAGCAGCCCAGGCCCUGAGACCCCUCUCCCCACCGAGCUGGCCCCGGAGGAGUCGCUCUCCCAGGCUUCCCCACCAGCCAGGGCGGUCCUGCAGCCUGGUGCAUCGCCACUUCCUGAUGGGGAAGCAGAAGCUCCCAGGCCUCCGAGGGUCCGCGGACCACCUACAGAGAUUCUGCCCACGCCCAGGGCAUCCCUGCCACCUCCCACUCCAGUUGGGGCGAGAGACAAGGGGGAGGAGAUCGGGAGUCCUGAGCUCUCUGGGGUCCCUCGAGGAGAGAGUGAGGAGACGGGGAGCUCCGAAGAAGCCCCUUCCCUGCUUCCAGCCACACAGACCCCUGAGGGUACCAGGGAGCUGGAGGCCCCCUCUGAAGAGAGUGCUGGAAGAACUGCCCCUGCAGAGACCUCAGUGCGGGCCCAGCCGGUGCUGCCCACUGACAGCGCCAGCCGAGGCGGAGUGGCCGUGGCGCCCUCAUCAGGUGACUGUGUCCCCAACCCCUGCCACAAUGGUGGGACGUGCUUGGAGGAGGAACAGGGUGUGCGCUGCCUGUGUUUGCCUGGCUAUGGGGGUGACCUGUGCGAUGUGGGCCUCCGCUUCUGCAGCCCGGGAUGGGACGCCUUCCAAGGCGCCUGCUACAAGCACUUUUCUACACGAAGGAGCUGGGAGGAGGCGGAGACCCAGUGCCGGAUGUACGGCGCGCACCUGGCCAGCAUCAGCACGCCCGAGGAGCAGGACUUCAUCAACAAUCGAUACCGGGAGUACCAGUGGAUUGGGCUCAACGACAGGACCAUCGAAGGCGACUUCCUGUGGUCGGAUGGCGUCCCCCUGCUCUAUGAGAACUGGAACCCGGGGCAGCCUGACAGCUACUUCCUGUCUGGAGAGGACUGCGUGGUCAUGGUGUGGCACGAUCAGGGACAGUGGAGCGAUGUACCUUGCAACUACCACCUGUCCUACACCUGCAAGAUGGGGCUGGUGUCCUGUGGGCCACCGCCCGAGCUCCCAUUGGCUCAGAUGUUUGGCCGCCCGCGGCUGCGCUAUGAGGUGGACACGGUGCUUCGCUAUCGGUGCCGGGAGGGGCUGGGCCCACGCCACCUGCCACUGAUUCGCUGCCAGGAGAAUGGGCGCUGGGAGCCCCCCCAGAUCGCCUGUGUGCCCCGCAGACCUGCCCGAGCUCCACGCCCAGCCAAGGGCCCAGAAGGACGUCAAGGGAGACUACGGGGGCGCUGGAAGGCGCUGAGCCCUCCUCCCAGCCCCACGCCAGGUCCCUAGGGGACCAGGUCAUGACUUCUGCUGCCCCAGCACCAUCCUCACCCCAACCCUCCCUUGCCCCCUGUGCUCUUCCCGCCAAAGGAAGUGACAAUAUGAGAAGGCUGGGGCUGGAGUCCAGGUGACUGUGCCAGCAGGGGCUUCUGGGAAAUAUCCAGGAGGCUCCAGCCCAGUCCAGGUCCUCUCUCCCACCCCCCUGGGCCUCAGGGUUUUCCCUCAGGGCGACAGCUAAGUCCCUAAGUGCCUCAGUGCCCUCUCCACCGGCCAGUCUGUCCCCUCCACUCCCCUAGUGCCUCUAGGGGGCACUGUGCCCGUUCAUUCUUGAUUUUCCAAGGGAUGGAGUGCCAGUGAAACCAGCGGGAAAUAAAGCUGCGUUUGAG